CGGGCUGGGGGCUGCAGGGCUGCACGGGGAGGUGCACCGGAGGCCGUGGGGAUUUUGGCAGCGUGUUUUGGAGGAGAGGGCUUCUUGGACAGCGCGUUGCACGGGCAGCCAGGGGUAGGGCUUCGGUGUGCACCCUCCUCCUCCCCAGCGAAGAUCCGCCCCGGGGGAAGCGCAGCGACCGGAGCCCCAAGGGAGCCGAGGCGGCUCGACAGACUGCAUCUCCCUCUGCCACCCGCCCCGGGGCUCGGCGAUUUCACACUCGGGCGGCCGCUCUGCGCUGCGCCAUGCGGGAGCACUUGGCCAUGUCCUCCUCGGGAAAAGCAGACGCCGUCGCCUCCUGCCUCCCCUCGCAUUGCUUUGACCCCCUGACCAGGUUCUGCGUGAGGUGCUCCGACCUCUUCAAGGACAACGCAACUCUUCCCCUCCUGACCCCGCCGGCGUUUCGCACCACAGCAGAGCCCAUCCACGUGGCGUCCACCUCGGCCCCGCCGCCCACCCUGCCCUCCAGGGACCUGCCCAGCAUCCUCCUGAUCUUCGGGGUCCCCGCGCUGGUGGUGCUCCUCCUGGUUCUGGCCGCCCUCUGCGGCCUCUUGGCCUUCAAGGCAAGGAAGCAGAGGAGGAAGAGGAGGAAGACAGAGCAGGAGGCCAAAGAAAGCCUGGGUGAAACCGGCCCCCUGCCCAGCCCCGGUUACCCAGACCCCGCUGCUCCGGAGGGGGAGGCCGACCCGGCGCGGGGCCCCUGCCCGCACCUCAAUGGAGGCCUGAAGGCGCCAGGACCGCCCGGGAGGGACAGCGUGAAGCGGCGGCCGUGCUGCCAGGGCGAUGUCGAGCGCGACGUGGUGCUGCUGGCCGCCACCUGGCCCCACCACGAGGAGCACGGCCACGGCUUCCCGCUGCCGGCCACCGAGCUGGGCGCCACCGCCUUGGUCACCACCAAAACCACCCAGGACUGCGUGGGCGAGGAGAGACCGUGACGGAUGGGGAACGGGGCUGGGGCUCUCCGGCUGUCCCCUGCAGCCAGCCAGAGCCCUUCCCCAGGCAUGCAAGGCCUCGUGUGGACCUGAGCUGCAACAGAACUGGGCUUUGCCACUUGUCACUUUUGCCACUUGGCCAUUUUUGUGGAUUGUGUUCCUGUAAUCGCCAGAGGAAGCCUAAGGAUUCACAUCUGGAAGAGGCAGGAAUGGGGCCGGUGAGAAGGGAGCAUCACGGGGACUGCUCUGCCUUCUGCCAGGCUGCCAUAGUGCAGGCGUGGGUGAACUCGGGAGCCCGGAUGGGUCUGCUCCUGGAGGGGGGACUUGUAGGGACAUGGGGCUGGACGGCCAGAAAGGGGGGAAGCAGGGGGUACGUUAAGAUGAAACCCAUCGCCAUUAUCUCAAAUUUUUGCUCCUGACUUCAAUAAAAUGAGUCUUGGGGCCAAAGGGAGCAAAGCUCAUCCAGCAUCUUCUCCAUGCACAGUCCUGCCUCCCCAUCUCCUUCUCGCUGUGACACCCAGGUCCCCAUUCCCUCGGGGUGCUCUCGUGCGGCGGCAGGCACCCGCGGGCAGUGGUGGGACCCCCCCUCUGCACACGGGUGCCCUGGGGAUGGGAAGCGAGUUCGCCUUUCCAAGCAGGCAGCGAGGGAAGGAGGAUGGGGAAAUUUGUCUUUGCUCCAAGCUACGGUGACUGAAGUCAGCGAGGACCAGGGGCAGGCAGUGGAGACUGCUGGUCGAGAGGAGCGCUGGCCGCAGGAGCUUGUCAUGAUGGCCCCAGACAACCAUCGCUUCAGCUCACAGUGGCUGCAAAAAUACCGUGUGUCACUCGUGGUGACAGGACUCACAGUGAUGGAUGUUUCCGUGCUGCACAGAAGCAGGCAGGGAGUGAUGUGAGCGUAGGAGGGAUGACUUAAUUUAUGUGCGUGUCUCCAGGGGGUUGCUGCGUGUGAGAAUUGACCAGCAGCGCCGGUCCAAGGCAGCUCCCUGUCGAUGGCCUUGUUCACACACAUGCAGGUGGCUCGCCUGUACAAGAAGAUUUGGAAAUGAAGUCGUUAGUGCGGGAGGAGCCUCAUUGAACGUUUCCAGCUUUGUUCCCAAUCCACCACCAGUUCUGGUACCCGAUGUCACCAUCGAUGGAUGGCCGGUCAUCAGGGCUGGAGUCAGCAUCACGCCCCACAUAGAGUGCU